CUAAGUAACAGUUUCAGUUCAUCAACUUUGUUUUCACGUUUCGAGUUGUCAAAAUUUCACGAGUUUAUGUCACUGUGAUGAAAAAGGAAUGGACUGCAAAAUUAAAAUUAGUAGUGAGAGUGUUAUUGAUAAAUAGCAGUGGUGUCAUCAUACACAUUUAAAUGACGUUACUCCCAGCACAUCUGAAGAUAAAGGUCGAAAACGCGGUAGAAAACGCAAGGUUAAAAGAAAGAGACGCGGUAGUAAAAGAAAUACCAGAGGUCGGAAACUGACAGGAAUAAAAGGUGAAACACAGUACUCUCCAGAAACCAUAAAUUCGGAAGAAAAUCAAAUUACAUCGUACGGCUUCACGAAAUCCACGGAAAGUCGCAAAUCUAUAGUAGACAAGAAUAAAGAGGGCGAAGGCAGAGACAAAAAAGAUAGAAAAGAUGAAGAUCGCAGUCGAGAAUACGAAUCAAGAAGAGACAACACAGACGAGACACUAAAACUUAGCAAUCAUCAGCACUGUGAAAAUCCUAAUUGUCUUUGUAAUAUGGAUAAAACACAAGAGGGGAAUCAUUCUCACCAGUAACUCAAUGUUCUGUAAUAUUUGCGAGUGUAUUUAAAUUAAACGAGUUCUCUAAAAGAGA